GAUCAUGUAACCGGUUUUUUCUCUCUUUGCUUCUAUCGUUAUUCAUAAAAUUUCGGUCAAAACAAGAAGGUAUGCAUGCGCAGUGAUGUUUCUGAAUUAAAAUAGCUUCUCGCGUAAACAUAUGUUCUCAUAUAAAGAGUAAAUAGUUUCAUCGAAAUGUAGCGCCCAUUACUCCACGGUUUGUUUUCGCUGAGAGCAAGAAAAAUGCAUUGUCCAAUUCAUUGAUAGAAGUGUCAAUUCUAAAAAUAUUUAUCUGCAUCCACAUGGUUAUAUCCGAACUGAUCUGAACACGCAUGAAUUAAUGAGUGACGGAAGAACAAUAUUAUUCAAUCAAUAUUCAUGUUUCAUUACAUUUCAGCGAAUAAGUUGAAAAAAACAUGUGUGGGAUGUGAAAGCUACAUUAUGGCAACAUAGUAUAUUUUAACUGUUUGGUGAGAUCGCAGUGUUAGAGGAACAUAGUCAAUGUUAUUAGCUAGACGAUUAUUUUCUUUGGCGUUGUUUAGAAUGAAGAAAACAAUGCUAUUAACCGCACAUAUCAACAAUAAAAUAAAGAACAGCAUGGAUUUUGUAUGAGCACAUGAUUAUUGGCAACUAAACGGCUUAGUGAUGUGCUAACCUUAAACAAAGAAGAAGGCAACAUUGAAAGUUGUGAUAUAACACCUACUGUGGUUGCGAAUCGAAGUAAGAAAAAAAUCGACUGAAUCUCUUGUAUCCUAUCUUCAUCGGUAAGACUGACAAGAUCCAGCGCUGUCCUGUAGCUGGUUAUACAUAAUGGAUCGUGAAAAGGAUGAUAAGUCUUCCAAUAUGGGAAUCGCUGGUGGAUUCGCUGCCUGUGUUACACGGUUCAUAUGUCAACCGUUGGAUGUGCUGAAAAUUCGAUUUCAGUUGCAAGUAGAACCGCUCAGCGAAGACCACAUGACUUCUAAAUACCGCACUAUUGUGCAAUCAACGAGACUGGUCUAUCAAGAAGAAGGUUUGCGUGCCUUUUGGAAGGGUCACAACCCUGCCCAGGUGCUUUCGAUCAUCUAUGGUGUAUCUCAGUUUUCUUCCUAUGAGCAUUGCAAUCAUCUAUUGAGGAAAAUUCAAACAUUCGAGGAACAUCAGAACGUGAGAAAUUUUUUAUGUGGUGCCCUCAGUGGCACUGUGGCAACUGUAAUAACGCUACCAAUAGAUGUGGUUCGGACACGACUAAUAUCGCAAGACAUUAAUCGAGGGUACAAGAACUCUGUGCAAGGAUUGAAAAUAAUCUACAGGUAUGAGGGAGUAAAAGGAUUAUAUCGAGGAUUAGGACCAGCUGUUCUUCAGAUAGCUCCUUUAACGGGUGGCCAGUUUAUGUUUUACAAUAUUUUUGGAAGUAUGUUCCGGCAGUAUUUCAAUAUAAAUUCACGCGAAACGCUCCCGGCAAUUGAGCUCUUCAUUUGUGGCGGACUAGCCGGGUUAUGCACAAAACUGCUGGUGUACCCACUAGAUCUAGCCAAAAAGAGACUGCAGAUACAGGGAUUCGCCAAAAGUCGACAAACGUUCGGUCGGCAUUUUGUCUGUCACAACACGUUUAACUGCAUGUACAACAUAGUCAAGCAGGAAGGAUUCGUGGGGUUGUACAAGGGAUUGCAUCCGGCACUAUUGAAAGCAUGCUUCAUGUCCGCCUUCUAUUUUGCAAUAUAUGAUGAGAUGAUGUGGAUUCUGAAUCACUGAUAAAGAGUUUCCUGAAUGUCAAUCGCCAUCCGGUACCUGCCUAUCAAUGGAAGUGAUUUGAUGUUCGUGAAAAAUUGCACACUGAAUUCCUGUAUGUACAUAACCAGCCAACUAAAGAAAGAAAAUAACAGUACUUAAUCUACCCAAUACGCAACGAUAUUAUGCUUUCGAUACGAUGCCGGGAAGAAGCUAUUGCUCAGUGUGGUCAAUUACUCGUUGAAUACUAGUAGUGUGUAGUAAGUUUUACAGUUGACACAGUAUGAUUGAGUUAUAUAUUUGUAAACACUAUUUAUAUUGAGCUAUGAAUGCUUUCGAUGACUGUUAAACACAAAACUAGGUAGUAGCACAGCACUAGUAGACCUGAGGUAGUGACUACAGUAUACAUAGUUUAGUUUAAAAGUUAAAGGAAAACUAAACGUGGAGGGUACUCACCCGGACAAACGUAUUAUAAUAGAUAGAAUAUUUUUUCUCAGUAUCGCUCUCAAUGACUACAGGUCUAUUUAUUAAUUUUUUUACCAACAAUAAUCUUACCAUUCGACAUAGAUUGUUCAACGGUUAAUCCAAUAGUUCGUUAGGCAUUAUUUUUUUGGACUGGUAAAAGGAGCGAAUGAAACAUGUAUUAAUCCACCAGACUUCCAUUAAAGCGAUAAGUGAACGAGUGUAGUCAUUACGCGACAAAACAUGAUGGUCUCUGUCUAGCUCAAGUAAUAAACAACAAAAAAAAAACCUUAGGGCAAAACGAAAUCGAUACGACAAGAGUAACGAAUUACAAGCUUGCAGCUUUAAUUAAGUUGAAACAGUGGAUGUUCAAUAAGAAUAUUGUAACGACAAUAAAAUGUGAAAAUAUGUAGAA